AUGGAGAACUCGUCUAAUGCUGUAGUAUUUUAUCUCAAUGGAUUAAAUGACACCAGAUCACAUAAAUAUGUCUUUUUUUUCUUCACUCUACUUUUUUAUCUGCUGAUUAUUUUAUUCAAUCAGACAGUGAUUAUUACAAUACUUCUGGAAAAAUCCCUCCAUGAGCCCAUGUAUAUCUUUAUCUGUAACUUGAAUUUCAACACAUUGUAUGGAACUGCUGGUUUCUAUCCUAAACUCUUGGCUGACUUUCUCUCUGACACCCAUGUCAUCUCAUACACUGGAUGUUUGAUUCAAGCCUUUGUCAUCUACUCUUCUCUUAUGUGUGAAUUCACCAGUUUAACAGUGAUGGCCUACGACAGGUAUGUGGCGAUAUGCAAACCCUUAGAUUAUCAUUCUAUCAUGAGUGCUCUGACUGCUGGAAAAAUUGUUUUGAUUUUGUGGAUUCUUAUGUUCUUUGAAGCAAUAAUUCCAAUUUUAUUAACAGUCAGACUGCCUCUCUGUGGGUCUCACAUUGACAAACUCUAUUGUGACAAUUGGUCAAUUGUAAAGCUGUCCUGUAUAGACACAGCUCUUAACAAUAUAUAUGGAUAUGUUUUAAUAAUCGCUCAUAUUUUACAAGCUUUGUUUAUUUUAUAUUCUUACUUUGAGAUUAUCAGAGAGUGUUUAAAGUCCAGUGAAGGAAGGAUUAAAUUUAUACAGACCUGUUUGCCCCAUUUAAUAGCAUUAAUGAGCUUCACUAUCACCACAAUAUUUGAUGUAAUGUAUUCUCGAUAUGGCUCCAGGAACACACCACAGACUAUUCGCAAUAUCAUGGCAGUAGUGUUUCUAGUCAUUCCUCCCCUUUUAAACCCCCUUGUAUAUGGAUUGAAUCUCACUCAGAUUCGUAUAAAAAUUUUGAUGAUGUGUAACAGAAAAAUAAACUCAGGAAAGUCCAGUCUGGAAGAAAAGGAGCAUGAGGCCGACUGCAAAAUAAACUCAACCUGUCCCAGUGGAGACACAUGGCGGGACAGAAAAAAAGAAGAGAAAGAAAAUAGAAACAGGAACCCGUUCUCCACAGUCCCCUCUGGAAGGUCCUCCCCUUGCGGGGGUCUGCUCAUCCCUCCGGGGAGGUCUUCAGUGUGUCUUAAAGGCCCCCACAGCUGCGGCUCAUGGUUCAUCAGCCGGGACAGCUGUGGUUACUAA